AUGGGGAAGGUCUACCACCAAGACCACUUUCGCUGUAAGCGUUGCAGUGCGAUGUUGGUGGGUACUCCAUACCAGUUCUACCGGGAGCGGCCAUACUGCGCCGACUGCCACACCGCUAAGCUCACGGAUCGCUGCGCCCAAUGCAAUGAACCCAUUCUCCAGGAUAAGAUCGAAGCCCUGGGCAAGAGCUGCUUCACGCAGGGCACGCCCUUCUGCGAGAAGGACGGUCAGGCCUAUUGCGAGAGAGACUUCAACAAUACAUUUCUUCCUAAAUGGGGAAAUGCAACCAACUGCAUAUCGGCCCUGGGGAAGAAGUGGCACCCUGCGCACUUCACCUGUGUCGUCUGCGAUGUCGUGCUGGACGCGGGCUCGCCCGUCUACGCGCACCAGGGGCGUCCCUACUGCACCAACGACUAUCCCGAAGAUGACGGCGAUGAGACAGACGACCACCUCCUCUCGCUGCGCUCCCCACAACCGCAAGACCAACAGAACGGUGAAGGACAAGACCAAGGACAAGGAAAGGACAAGGAGGAGAAGAAGAAGGAGAAGAAGGAGAAGAAGGAGAAGGAUCCGGCGUCGCGAGGGUCCAAAACGGCCAGGAAGGAGAGCAGUAAGACCAGCACGAAGGACAAGAGCCCGUCGAAAAUGAAGCCCAAGGCCAAGGAACACGAGGAUCUGGACAGCCCGCAGAGCAGUAAACGGCGGAGCCGGGUCGGGUUCGGUGCGGCGGCAGAACCUGAGGGCAGCACCAUCCCCGGCAAGCAGACUGCCGCUGCUACUGCUGCGGCUGACGUCGGCAAUGGCGUGGCCGACCGCGAUGGCGGCUCGGGCGGCGAAGAGAUCGAGCUGACCGCGUUCGACACCGCCCUAGCCCUCGCCCAAGCCGAAGGUGAUGGCGGCGGCGCCAAGGUCGGAGCAAAGAAGGACAAGCGGCGGCUCAGCCUGCGGCUGGGCGACAGAAAGAAGGGAAUAACCAGGAAGAGCGAUGGCGAAAACCCCUCCGGCGGCAGCGUGGGCUCGCCCUGCGUGGUGCCGCGCUGCGAUACCGCCGGCGAAGCGCAGGCCCACUCACCGGGCAACAACAGCGCUGCCGAGGGCGAGGACGAGGACGAGAACGAAUGCGGAGAAGAAGGCAUCCCGGCUUCCGUGAGUCUGCUCAAAAACUCGGAUUCCUCUCUCACACUCUCCAAAAAGAUGUCGCGAGAGCUGACCACAUUCACGGCCCGGUUGCCCAAGGCCUUGUCGGGCCGCAAGCUCAAGGAUCGGCUGAUCGCGAAGACUUCCUCCACGCGCGUCACCUCCACGGAAGUCUUGGGCGUGGCCGUGGUCAAUGACGGGGUACUGGACGAAAACCCCUAUCCCGACUGGGCCAACGCCAAGGAUCUGGCAAAGCGAGUGUGGCCCAAGCGCGUGCUGCCUCCCGACGCUGAGGCGGAAGACGAGCUCGUGGCGGACAUUCCGGGCUUCUACCGCGAACUGGGCGGCGAGCAGGACGCCGUCGACCUCGGAUUCACGUGGCAGCUGCCCAAGAACAUCGCCUACUACCGGGUCUACCUCCACGAACCGGCCGACAUCGAACUCGAGCACUACGCGGUGACUGACGAUCUCGACCGACCAAUGAUCAUAUCCAUCGAGACCCGGGGCAAGAAGCGGAACUCACUGACCGCUCGGCGGCCGGAGUUCGUCUACCGCGCCAUCGUCCGCACCAUCUCCGGCGAUGAGCGGCUGCUGGUCGCGACAUCGGUCGACACGAAGAAGGGACGGGUGCAGGGCCUCAGGCAGGCCAUGCCGCAGCUCCAGGACGCCAAGCUGCUCGAGAUCCGCGACAAAAAGUACGGGGCCGACCCCAACGAACAACAACCCGCCGCCACCGAAGCCGACUCGCCACACAACCUCGCUGGCGACACCAUCCGGCAAGCGACCCGCUCGUUGGCAAUCCCAUCGCCGAGCUCUUCACACAGCGCCGUGGACAUGGACACACUGCGCGUCUCAGCGAGGGGAGCGUCGACGUGGCCGGGCAAUUCGCUGUCGGAGAACCUGGUGCACUACGAACAGAAGAUGUCCAUCCGGGGCUACAAGAUCGGCGUACUCUACGCCAGCCACGGCCAAUACGACGAGAACGACAUGUACAACAACACUGACGAUGCGGAUGCGGGGAUAGGAACGGGAAGUGCGGCAUUUGAGGAAUUUUUGGGGCAUCUCGGGGACAAGGUCGUGCUAAAGGGAUGGAACCGAUACCGAGCAGGACUCAACGUCCACACCGACCUGACGGGCACGCACAGCAUCUACACGCAGCACAAGGGGUGGGAGGUGAUGUUCCACGUCUCCACCUACAUCCCCUUCACCGAGGACGACAAACAGCAGGUGGAGCGAAAGCGGCACCUGGGGAACGACGUGGUGAUGGUGGUGUUCCGGGACGGCGGCAAGAUCCCCUUCUCGCCGGAGCACAUCGCCUCGCAGUUCAACCACGUCUUCUGCGUGGUUCAGCCCGAAGGCGACAAAUACCGGGUGGGGUUCUCGUGCAAGCUGGGCGUGCAUCCCAACCUGCCCUACCUGCCCUAUCCGGCCCUCUUCGACAAGGACGAGCACUUCCACGAAUUCCUCCUCACCAAACUGAUCAGCGCGGAGGUGAAGGCGAUGAACGCGCAGCAGUUCUCGGUCCCCUUCCGCCGCACGCGACGAGAGUUGUUGCGCGAGCUGAUUCACAAAUACACCUGA